GCACGCGACACCUACACACCGCCACGCAGGCUGUCCCUGACAAACGGUCCCGCGUCUCAGUCACGCUUACCUCCUUGCACAAAGACAACUCCUGGCCACCGCAUCAGCCCAACACCCGCUCGACACACAUAAUCCCCAAACACCCAGACCGCUCCUAGCGGCUCCCGACCGUCACCAUUACCAACCACAAGAAAAAGACCUCUCACCUGGGAGGUCAGGGUUUCCCCAACAGCUCUUACAUACCACUCGAUCGCGACCGAAGUGUCAGCCCCUUUCCUUCUGGAGGCUAUUAUGACCGCGAGGGCUUGACCGGCACUUCUUCCUCUAGACAAUCAACUUUCGGCAUCAUGUACAUGCCUGGCUCACGAUGGACGUGGUCGUUCCUGAUGAUUGCCAUUUGUCAAGCAGCCAUUGGUCUGGGACUUGAAGGCUAUGUCUUCGCCAAAUUCCAAAUCUCACUCGCUGCUCAAGCGCGAAAGACGACGCAAUCACGAACCAUCCCCACAUACCUCGCCCUGUUCAUCUUCGGUUUCAUCUAUCAACUCGCACUCGUCUGGGACGCUCUGCGCCUAAAAAACACAAUUCAAGUCAUCGGGCUUUGUCUUUACAACCUUGGUCUACUCGUCUAUGCUGCAGUCCAGUAUGAUCAGAUCGAUCGCGCAGUCGAUGUCCUGAACCAGAACCAAGAGAUUGAACACGGCUUCGGGCACGACGUGAAGCCGUUCCUAGUCGCUGUGCCAUGUGUACUUGCACUGGGUACAGUCGCCUUCAGCUUUGUAGCGUGGAAACUGUACGAUGAAUUUGCCUGGACCAUCUACAAACACAUCUCGGCAGACCUGCGCUUGAAGCGCCGCUACCUCGUUUAUCAGAUUUACAUUGCCCUCCUCAAAUUUGAUUUCUUCUUCUUCCUCGGGUUCACAGUACAAUUUGUUGUCGUGGUUCGUGAGCACACAUCAAACAUGGAAUUUGCGCUCACCAUUGCCGCCAUUCCCGUCACUAUCGCCAUCUUACUCGCGGCGGCUUGGUUCACGCGGCGUGAAUCAACCCCGGGAAUGUGCAGCACCAUCGUUCUCUACUUUGCGGCCAUGGCAUACUUCCUUUUCAAGCUUGUACGCAUGUACGACUCCAGCAACCCGGAAAGAGUGGCAGACUAUGAACCAGCGCGGAAGAGUUUGACGACUUUUGCGGUGAUCACACUCCUGCUGUUGAUUCUGACUAUUGUCAAUUGCGCAUGGUGUACGGCAAACUUCAACAAGGGACUGAAGCCUCAUAUCCAGCGACGAAGGGCUAUUGGUGUCGAGGACAAGGGAUAUUCUUAUGAAAGACGGCAAGGAUCAUUGGGAGGAGCACAUGCCAUGGGAGCAGUUCCAGCGAGAAUGACGAUUGACUGAUUGACUGAUUGAUUGGACCUUCUGGCAAGAGUACACAGCAAAAUACCACGACGUUUCGGCUGGGCCGGAACGACUGCUCAUCGCAUAAACGACCAUUUCCGAUAUCCCACGGGUGGCUGGCGGAGAGGGACCAGAACACCUACCGACCUCUCAUCACGGCGUUUUCCUUUCACUUCUUCUAGUUGUUCUACGAAUGGUUCGAAUAGCAUUGAUUACUUCAUAGCGAGUAAAUGUCUAGUUAUGUCAAAUUCAGAUUUCACUUUGCAGA